GUUUAACUUCUGAGGAAAAAACAAAAAAACAAAAACAAAAACCCAACAAGCUAACUGAGUGGUCAGUAGCAGCUCAAUGGACCCGGCCCUGGAGAGUAGUGAGUUUGUGAACAGAGUGUGGGUCCAGUGUGAGAAUGAAGGCUGCUUGAAAUGGAGGAUGCUGUCUGCUGAGGCUGCAGCCAGGGUGGAGCACAAUGAACCCUGGUACUGCUUCAUGAACACUGACUCCAGCUACAACAGCUGCUCGGUUUCUGAGGAGGAUUUUCCUGCAGAGUCUCAGUUCCUGGAAAGCGGGUAUAAGAUCGUCUAUUCACAGCUUCCUCUUGGAAGCCUGGUGUUGGUAAAAUUACAGAAUUGGCCAAGUUGGCCAGGAAUACUUUGUCCUGAUCCUUUCAAAGGGAAAUAUGUGACCUAUGACCAGGAUGGAAAUGUUGAAAAGUAUCACAUAGAAUUUCUGGGUGACCCCCACUCAACAGCAUGGAUAAGUGCAACAUUUGUUGGACAUUACAGUCUCACAUUAAAGACGGCAGAAUGUACACAUAGGAAGAGGUGGUAUAGGAGUGCCCUUGAGGAGGCGUACCAGCUCUACAGGCGUUCUCCUGAGCAAAGACUAGAGGUGUGCUGCCUAUCAAAACGGGAUAGAGCCAAAGCAGGUGCUAAAGCUGCUGUGGUGUCCAAGAAAAGGAUGCAAGUUUCCAAAAAUAAUACUGAAAAAUAUUAUUCCAAAAAUAAUAAGAAAAAGCCCAAGGUUAGAAAGAGGAAAAGGAAUGCUGCUUUAAAAUGUUCUGUUGAAAAUGUUUGUUCUGAUGAAGCCUUAUCAAAGGAAAACAUGGUUGUCUCUGAGACGGAAUGUUUACUGAAAGAACUGGAGAAAAUGCUGCAGCAAGUACAAGAGCCCACAGCAAGAGCUGAAGAACCAGAGCGAGAACAGUUGUCUCAAUGCAGCCUGGAAGCUCCCACAGGCAGUCCAUUUCAGAGCUACCAUGAAGAGGACUGUAUUCAGAGCUACCAUGAGACAGGACUAAAAGCUGGAGAAUGUAUUGAGAACAUAACUAACAAUUUAAAAAAGAUAGAUGCCCUAAUAUCUGAAUUUUAAGAUGUUACUCAAGUAUUUCCAAAAGUUAAUUAUAAAAACACUAGCAAUCUUUAUAUUUUCCUGUCAAACAUUUAAAAAUGUUUAGUGAAAUAGGCAUAAAAAUUGACAUUUGUUAUAAAUUUAUACUUUGUGAAUGCCCAUGGCUUUGGGAGCCUAUCAAGUGACAUUUAAGUUAGGGUGUUAGAAUUGUAGUAUUUUAAAGUCUUGAUUUUUGUAUUGUAGACUUUUUUGUUUGCUGAUUUUUAGAAUUCUUUAUGAAACUUAUCUCAUAAACAGGUGCUGUACAAUAAGUGUUUAGGCCCUUUAAUAGUUCAAAUGUGACUGUUAAAAUGGCUGCCUGUUCUGUUACCAGUCUCAGAACUCAAAUGUAAAACACGUGGAAAGUUUUUGUAGUUGUCUGGAAUAUUUUAAGUUAUAAGGAAAUAUUUUAAAAAAAUAGUCAUAUAAUAAAGUUUGAGAAUUCUUAAAAGACAAAAAUGUCAGUUGUCUCAUUGUAUUAGAAAUAGGUAUUAUUAUUCAACAUGGUUCCCAAACAGCAGCAUCUCUGGAACUUUGGAAUGUUUGAGUCCUGGACACUUCCCUAUUGACUCAGUAUCUCUGUAGGUGAGGUUGGAGCAUGUAACUCAAAAUACAGCAAGAGAAGUUAAACUUCUUCUGUAUGAAAUAUCCAGUGCUAUAGAGGUAAAAUGUGCAUCAUACCUCAAGGAUAGGAUCCCAUGAACAGUUUCAGUGGCUGGCUGUAUUUGAAGAUAAAAUGGUGGGCCACCUGAGAAGAUAAAAGCCACAGAGCAACACAGAGGUGGGUGUUAGAAAUGUAAUGUAGGUUCACAGAAAAGAGCUGACACAAAAUUACCCUCAGAAUGAGCUUUGUUAGGAGAGAGCCUCAAACCAUGGACAACCAUGAGCAGGCCUUGCAGAGGGAGAGUACUGGGAAAAUAGCUGCAUGGUCACACAAUAAACUCUGAAAGGACAGAUAGACAGACAGAGCCUUCAGGACCAGAGGACAAAGGCUUCUGACUCAUAGAUACUGAGACAGGUGGGUAGGUUUCAUCCCUGUGAUGCUGUCUGACCUAUCCUGCGUGGGACAAACCAGGAAGCUCUGAUGAAGACUAGCUGUGACUUAAGGUUGUCCCUGCUCUAGGAAGUGGGAGCUGAUCCUGCUCUCUGCUGCUUUUGGGAGGGAGACUACAAGGCCACAGCACAGCCUGCCUUGUUCUCAACUCUUGUAGAGAGAACUGCAGGGAGGGUGUGGCCUGACUCUGAGACAGAGAAAAGGAAGUACUGAAGGGCUGUAGCCCUUCAGUGAGAGAAAUGGGAGCAGGCAAGUAACCUUAGUAAG